AUGGACAUCCAGCUAAACAAAGGGCCAAAUACACUUCGCUACUUGUGCAGAUAUUUGAGCAAAAACGACAGCGCUGCAGAUUUUGCUAUCGUUGACGAGAGCAAUGCUGACGACCUCACAGCUGCUCAACGACAUUUUCGAGGUCGAAAUCUCGGUAUCGUCGAGGCUGUGUUUGACGUCUGCAGCUUUCACAAAGAGCAGAGCAGCAAGGCUGUCGUAUACAUCUCCACAAGCCUUCCAGGUGAAGAGUAUCGCACGAUCCGUCGACGCCAACACAUGUCCGAAGCAAACGGUCAAGGAGACGGAGCCGGCGAAAGUGUAGUCUACAAGACACACUUAGCAGAAGUAGCUAACAUUCUCAGAUGGGGCACAUACCGAGAGCAGGCCUUAAAUGAAAUAGAAGGCAUCGCAAACAAUGCCGAAAUUAGAGAACUGCAAACUAAUGUGGCAACAAUGGAUUGGGACGUCUCUGCACUGCGAACAGACACGUCGGCAACAGACGCUGACCAUGAAGUUUUGCGCCGCUUGGACAUGUUCUCUCCUUCGCAGUACACAGCACACUCAAACGCCUUGGCCGCAAUGGAAGCAAGGACACCCGUGCUUAUCCACGGAAGCGCAGGCCAUGGAAAGUCCUUUGUUCUCGACACCAUGGACCUUCACUUUCAAAAUCUUGGGUACAAGCUACUGCCAUUUAGCAAUUCCUGUCUCCCUGUCCUAGACGGCGCAAUUUUCAAGGACAUCCAAACAGAAUUAGUGUACCACCCCCAACGCUCAACUGACCUGGCACUCAUGCAAGUUCUCCAAGCAACUCUUGACUUAAAGAUAGGUUGCUCGGUGAUGCUCAUCCAGAAUUUGGACAUAGAAAAUGGCUGGGUCAAUGGCCAGCUUUGCAGUGUUGUAGCAUUUGAAGACGAUGUCAUACACAUCUCCGCCACAGACGAUCCAAGCAACCGUUACGCUGUCACUAGAGUCAAAUGUGACGUAGACGACAUACCAUACUCGCGUACUCAAUUCCCUCUGACUCUAGGAUACGCUCUGACAAUUCACAAAGUUCAAGUAAUAAUGACCGGCCUUUAA